UUGAACAACACAUUCUAGGAUUAGAUCUUGUACAUUAUUCCGUACCUUGAUCGGAGGGCGCAUGUCUCACAUUACAGAAUUUAAUCUGCGUAACUGAAUGCCACUAUCGCCGGACCCUCUCGCUUGCACUGAUUCUCGCAAGCUUUUCUCCUCCUUCCGUGGCGGGACUUUCGGGAGUGUUUGUACACCUACUGGCGGGGGCCUAUCGAAAGGUACAUUAGUAUACGUUGGGAAGACAGAUCAUGGGAAAUUUGCAACUAACGAUUGUUGACUCGGAAGGGUAACCGAGCAACGACUGUCGGCCGCGGCAUCUGUCUGGGGAUAUAGUAAGGCACGUUUUCCUGAUAAAAAAAGCCGCAGUUGAAAGCGUGU